UAUAUUUUCGUAUUAAAUGAGCCAAGUCAGUCUUUGUAAAGAAAGGUAUGCGAUAAUAUUAGCAGCUUAAAUUACUUUCUAAAAUGCUAAGAGGUGUGACAUGCUGCCUGUUUGUAAAUAGAUUAGGCUGGCGUUUGAUGUGACACUCCUCUCUCUUCCUACGCGCUCAAAUAUAAGUCAUCGAUCUCAAUCAAUGACACUACUGCAGCACUGCUCAUCUUCUCAUGAUGUCUCCAUCUACCUCAGCCAUCGACACCUUUAUUCUGCUGUUUUGUCUGCUUUCUUCUUUUUCACACAUCAGCUGUCAUGACACAGUGACUGGUAAUAACAGGCAAGGCCGUAAAUGUGAAAGUGGCAAAUACCUGCUCCAAAAACCAGGUGGACUGAAAUGCCAACGCUGCACUCUGAUGUGUGAUGGUCAGAAAAAUCAGAUGGAAGUCACUUCAUGCUCUCAGGAAAGGAACAGAGUUUGCUUUUGCAAACCUGGUUUUUACUGUUCAGAAGGAAACAAAUAUAAUACAUACUGCCACAAUGCAUGCAUUCCCUGUGCGACGGGCACAUUCUCCAGCAAACCCUCUCUGACCUCCAGCUGCACGCCUCAUACAGAUUGUGAAAAAUUGGGAAUGAAAGUGCUCAAAGAGGGCUCAACGACACAGGACAGAGAGUGUGUGUCUGACACAAAAACAGCCCCAGCCACAACCAAACACUCAACAACCAGCUUUUCCAAUGACAUAAUCACCAACCCUUCCAAUACCAUUACUAGCAGUUCCCCAAGUGCCCCUAAAUCUUCCAAUGCCAUUACUAAUAGCUCAUCCAGUGCCAUUAUAUCUUCCAAUACCAGUACAACCAGAUCUUCCAAAGACAAUAGAGCCAACUCUUCCAGUUCCAGUGCCAAUUUCUCUUCCACGACCAUUACUUCCAGCUUCUCUACUGACAUUAUCUCUUCCAAUGCUAUUGCCGUCUCAAGCAAAGCAGGGAGCACCGCAUCUCCCGUACACAUGCCGAAAGAAAACCAGACCCAGUGGUUCAUGCUCUUCAUCAUACUGAUGCUUAUCUUGUGCAUGACUGGAUUCUGUGUGCUGCUGAAAGGCAAGACAAAGAAAACCCUUUCAAAAUGCUUUGGUUUUAUAAACGGAAAGCACGAUGACAAGCAUGGCUGCGGACAGAUGGACUUUCAGGCUUAUGCUUUAAUGGAUUGUACCGGGGAGGAUGAGAUGCCGUUGGGUGGCGAUGUCAGAGAGGUCAAAGGUCAGAGGUCAAGGACGGCGCCCCCAUCUGGAGGCGUGCAGCAGGUCACAAUGGAGCACAAAGGGAAGGGUGAGAACGUCAGCAACACUGUAGGCUCCAUCUACAUCUACUCUCCUGGAAUGGUGAUUUUGGGCUCCGGUUCGGGUGAUAAAAAGGAAGAUGCAGGGGUUUGUGAAGAAGCCGUUCCCUUUAUGAGCACACCACAGCAAGAGUCAAAUCCACCCCUGCAGGAGCUCCGGAUACAGAUGAGCACACAGGAACAGGCCGACGAGGAACUGAGCUUGAGUUUCCCCGUGCCAGCUACCGGAAAGUGAGAACUUGAGCAUGUGCUUUCUGGCAUGAACUUGGUUCUGGCCUUUGAAAAGGUUACAGGUUGAAUCACAAGGCUGAAAAUCACAAGUGAUGGUACGUCGUGACUUACAGGACCAGCAAUUCCUGGUUUCAGUUCCUGAGGAAAAUGCAUGCUAACAAAAUGUACAGGCUUCUUUGAAUGCACUUCAAGUCAAAAAUGGAACAUGGAGAUGGACCUGAUGGAAAUCGUCAGAUAAGGAGUUUUGCUUUUUUGCACAUUUUAUAUAGAGUGAAAUCCUGUCAUAGUUUGCUCACCGUGAGUUUGCACAUGACCUGUAUGGUGUUGAUAUUCUGCAGAAGGUAUUCGGAAAAGUGCGGUUAGCCAUGCAGCUGCUGGUUCCCAUUGACUUCAGUAGUGUAUGAUUUUUUUUCAUACCAGGGAAGCCAGUUUUGGUUACCCGCAACCUUCAAAAUGUCAUCUUCAGUGUUCAGCUGAGGAAAGAAAUCAAUGCAGGUUAGGAGCAGCUUUAUGGAGAGUAAAUGAUUGACUGAAGUGUAAUAUUUGUCUUUUUUUAAAUUAAGCAAACAUUUUUUUUAAAUGA